AUGAGAUCCCUUCUCUUCGCCUCGUUCUUGGUUAUCGCCUGCGUGCCUGCACUUGCCUCAGAGGUCAAGCCGUUUGAAGUCGACAUAUCGAAAGGCGAUGUCGAGCGCAUGAAGAUUUUGGCAGCAAAUGCUCGCCUUCCGCAUUCUCCUGCGUUUAUUGGGGGGGAUUCUACCUAUGGAGUCGAUCUUGACGUGUUGGAGUCGCUUCGUAAUGAAUGGAUCCACGGCUUCAACUGGAAUGAACAACAGGCAUCGAUCAACAGCUUUCAUCAGUACACGGUAGAAGUUGAGAAUGCUACCGUCCAUUUCGUCCACGAGAAAUCCGACGACCCGGACGCCAUCCCACUGAUUAUGCUUCACGGAUGGCCUGGCUCAUUUCUCGAGUAUUUGCCUACCGUGAAACCCUUGACUCAGCGCGCAACGAACAAACAAGGACAAAACGUCUCCUUCCACGUCGUUGUUCCGUCCCUUCCAGGUUUCGGCUUCUCUUCGCUUCCUGCUUUAGAUUGGAAGACCACCGACACUGCACGUAUCUUCGAUAAACUCAUGGUAGAUGUUCUGGGUUACAAGACUUAUACGCUGUUCGGAAGUGACUGGGGUUCUGAUGUCGGAUACAGACUGUACGCCAACUACACAGAGACCGUUCGAGCAGCGCAGUUUUCGUUCUUGCCGUUCUUCCCUCCGACUUUGGCUGCAGCACAGAGCGCCAACAUCAGCUUAUCCGCGUUCGAGAUCGCUCAACUCGAGAUCAACGACGCAUUUGAGUCGCGAGGACUCGGCUAUUUUCAAGAACAGGAAUGGAGGCCGAACACGAUCGGCUUAGCGCUGUACGACAGCCCGCUCGGACAGCUUCAAUGGAUGGCGGAACUGUGGACAGGACUUUCGGAUCCGCGUCGCGGCACCGGUCCUUCAGUCCUCACCGACACCGCUAUUCUGACCGAAAUAUCCCUCUACUACCUCAGCAAGUCUUUCCUCACUUCGGUCUGGAUUUACUCGCAAAACACGUUCGUUCCGUCCUACGACGUCCCCCACCCAUCGACGCCGAUGGGCUUUAGCGCGUUCCGGUACAACUCUGGAUGGCCGCGAGCUUAUGUAGAGCGCGUCGGCAACCUGACGUUCUUGAACGAGCACGACUUCGGCGGACAUUUCCCGGGUUUGGAUAACCCGUCGGCACUGGUGGCGGAUAUACGCGAGAUGGGAGGCUAUUACCUUGGACAGUGA